CUGGAGUCGACCUAUACCGGUAUGUUCGCCAAGGAAAUCGUAAUCGACUGCCGCGGGCACCUUCUGGGCCGCCUUGCGAGCAUGAUCGCUAAAGAGCUUCUUAGCGGUCAGAAGAUUGUUGCUGUCCACUGCGAGGGCAUCAACAUCUCUGGCUCCUUGUUCCGUAACAAGCUGAAGUACGAGAGCUUCAAGCGUAAGCACACCAACUCCAACCCCAAGAAGGGCCCCAUCCACUUCAGAGCUCCCUCUAAGAUCUUGUGGAGGACUAUUCGUGGUAUGAUCCGUCAUAAGACCGCCCGUGGCCAGGCUGCUCUUGAUCGUCUGAAGGUUUUCGAUGGUAUGCCGCAUCCUUACGAUAAGGCCCCCAAGCAGGUCAUCCCUUGCGCCCUCAAGGCCUUAAGACUGAAGCCUACUCGUAAGUUCUGCUGCCUCGGCGACUUGAGUGAGAGGGUUGGCUGGAAGUGCAAGUCUCUUGUCGAGCGUCUCACUGAGCGUCGUAACCUCCACAAGGCCGAGUACUACACGAAGGUCACUAAGACCAUCCGCAAGGUCAGGUCUGAGGCCCAGAGACAGGUUGCUGCUGACCCCAAGCUCAAGGCUGAACUUGCUACUGUUGCUCCCAUCAGCUUCUAAGAAGGAGGAGGAGGCAGAUCACUUCCACGACUGUCGUACGAUAAAGAUCGACUUCCUACUAGGUGGCUAACCUGACCGGAG